CGUCACUGAUCAGGUGACGGGGGACGGUUCUGCCUGAUGACAGCUCGAGGGUUAGGGCGGCAGCCGGGAGUGCGGCGCUCACUCGCCUAGUACCGCGGAGAUGCUGCGAAACGGGUCCGUUGGGGCCUCCUCCACUUCCAAGGGCGCGUCCGCCGCCCACCCUCCCGUGCGUGUCUGGUGCGACGGAUGCUAUGAUAUGGUACAUUAUGGGCACUCCAACCAGCUGCGCCAGGCUCGUGCGAUGGGGGAUUAUCUUGUUGUGGGAGUCCACACAGAUGCGGAGAUCUCCAAGCAUAAAGGUCCUCCUGUCUUCACUCAAGAGGAAAGAUACAAAAUGGUAAAGGCCAUCAAGUGGGUGGACGAGAUUGUGCCGGGAGCUCCCUAUGUUACAACACUAGAAACUCUGGACAAAUACAGCUGUGACUUCUGUGUGCAUGGAAAUGACAUCACACUUACUGUGGAUGGCAAGGACACUUAUGAAGAAGUAAAGAAUGCUGGGAGAUAUCGGGAAUGUAAACGCACUCAGGGGGUGUCCACUACAGAUCUGGUUGGCCGUAUGCUGCUCAUGACCAAGGCUCACCACAGUAAUAUUGAUGAAGAUGUGGAUUAUCAGAAGCACAAAGAUAACUUUGGGAAGGGUCCAAAAGGUCACAGUCCCUGGACUGGAGUCUCUCAGUUUUUGCAGACAUCCCAGAAGAUCAUCCAGUUUGCAUCAGGCAAAGAGCCACAACCAGGGGACACCAUCAUCUAUGUAGCUGGUGCCUUUGACCUCUUUCACAUUGGUCAUGUGGAUUUUCUGGAGAAAGUGCACAAGUUGGCAGAGCGACCCUAUAUCAUUGCGGGACUGCAUUUUGACCAGGAGGUGAAUCUGUACAAAGGCAAGAAUUAUCCCAUCAUGAAUGUGCAUGAACGAACUCUCAGUGUUCUGGCUUGCAGAUAUGUUUCUGAGGUGGUGAUUGGAGCACCUUAUGCAGUCUCUGCUGAUCUGCUGGAUCAUUUUAAGGUUGAUCUUGUAUGCCAUGGGAAGACAGAGGUAGUACCAGACAGGGAUGGGUCAGAUCCGUAUGAGGAACCAAAGAGACGUGGUGUCUUCCGACUUGUGGACAGUGGCAACAAUCUCACUACGGAUCUGAUAGUGGAACGAAUAAUUAAGAACAGGUUGGAGUUUGAAGCCAGAAACCAGAAGAAAGAAGCAAAAGAACUAGCUGUACUGGAAGCCAUGAAAAGAAGAGAGGAGGCCAAACAGAAGGCUGCUGUACCAGACCAGGAAAACCAUGAGAGCUAGCAUGGGGAGGAGUGCAGCAGAAUCCUCCCCUCCUGGAGCUGCAGAAUUUUCCUGGAGGAUAGGGUACUGCUGCCAGCCGCAGUAAGGCCUGUGGUCGCAGUUCUCCUGACUUCCAGUGUACUAACUACAUUUGGAUAUCCAAGAUGCUGCUGCUAGUAAGACCAGGCCAACUUCCCAAUGGGAAGAUUUUUAACAUUGCCCUCCCAAUAACUGUUUUUAAAUCCAAUUAACAAAACACUGUGCGGUUUUACCUCCUGACAUUGGAGCUGGGAAAGAGGGUCAUCUCUGCUCACCUUCUUUUCUCUGUCAUUUCUGUCUAUCAGAGAAAAUUCAUGAACCUUUAGCGUUGUCCUUCCUGGCCUGGCUCAUUGCCUAGAGCACUGAUGGGGUCCUAGAGUACUCAGUGGAGUUGGACCAGGUGCCCGUGGGCUUGUACUGGGCACAAAGAGAGAAAGUGGUAUAGAGUCAAUCUGGUGCUGUUUCCACUGCCUUGCAUUUGAUAUACUUCCAGUCUGUUAACUGUGGAUGGAGCUUAGACAUCCCCAGGCUUCCCCACCGACAGACUGCAUCCUACCUUUUCUGCAUGUUUGUUGAUCAGCUUGUCAGCUAAGUAAUAGAGGGAUGGGGCUACAAUGUUAUAUAUUGCCACAGCAUAAAAAGUACGGUAUAAACAUUCUGGAGAUCUCAUUGGGGCUGGAACUACUUCCUAGAGCCCUGAUACAGUGGGGGCCUCACACUCUUCCACACUGGCCUUGCAGGUCUUUCAUAGUGGCACUGAUCUCAGCACGCUCUCCAUCAUAUUUAAAUUAUUUGUACUACCAAGCUGGAUGUCAUUUGACUGAGGCCUCUUUCCUUACACAUUGCAGGGAGCAUGUUGGGGUUAAGUAAAAAGAUCAGCUUGGUUUUUUCCUCCAGCAGGCUUUUUUCUAUCAAUCUUGUAUAUUUCAAGCAGUGGAAAUUAAUAAAAUGUUGAUAACUAGUGUGUCAAUGACAGUUCUUAACCUGAGAUGAGUUGAGAAGAGACCACUACGAUUUUUGGUCUAGCUGAGAAUGAUGAGGUUUCCUAGGAAAGAAAUGUGUGUGUAUUUGUGAUAUACUAACUGGAGACUGAUCUCUCCCAUUUACGGGGAGGGUGAAAUGUGGUAUUUCUUUGUUUGUCUGUGAGGCACUAAUCUCCAGGUUGUGUGACAUCUCCUACAGGAAUUUGCAGUAAUAACUGUCAGCAUGGAAAGUACCUAUCAUUACAGAAACAGCUUAAUCUUUAAAAUGAGCAUGCAGGGAUAACGGCUUAUUCCCGUAGCAGAAAAAGAGAGUUUCAACAAAAAGUGGCCAGAGUCUCUUCGUUGGGGGAGGGUGGGAGAGGAAAGGGUAAUUACCUCAGGCCAAGCCUAUAAUGGCUGGAAUCUUAUCAAGAUCAGAAUUUCUCACAAAUAUUUUUUAACUGCAGAGGACAUCAAAUUUGAUCGCCACAGAGUUUAUUGUUAAUUUUUUAAUCUGAGAGUUGAAAGGAUCAUUUAGUCCAACCCUUGCCAGCAUAGAAACAAUACAAUAAACCUUUGGCAUAGUAUGUUGUGAAUAAACACGGUUACUGAAUUUGAGGAAAGUUAUACUUGCUGUCUAUGAACAGUUAUACAUACCAAUGUCACGGUUCGUUUAUGAAAAGGAUAACGUGAAUUUGAAAUUUAACAGUUAGUUCAAUUAUAAAACAAAAAGUUUAUAAAACAAAAGGUAUAAUUCAGUUAAGAUUAAAAUCCAAGUUUAACAUAUUUCUAGCAGAUCCCCAGUUUCAGCAUGUUUACUAAAAAGGUGUAGCCUUCCCCAUAAUCUGUCUAAGGCGGUAUAUAAUACUUUAUAAUGCAGAGUAGCAUAGAAACAACAACUAUAGUAUCCCUGACAAACAGGUGUCCAAUUGAUACUUAAAAAUCUCCAACUAUGAAGAAUCUGCCACCUGAUGAGGGAGGCUUUACAGUGUUGAACAUACUGCACCAUCAAUUUCUGCCUCCAUUUAAACAAUACAUCCUUUGUUAUAGCUAAUACCCAUUAACCUGAGUUCUGUAAUUUAUUACAACUGAGAACAUACCACUCCAUUCUCUACAUGGCAACCCUUUAAGUAUUGGAAGGUGGCAAUCAUAUCAGCUUACAAACAUUUCUUCUCCAGUACAGCGAUUCUCAGCUCAUUUAGCCUCUCCGCAUAGGUUUUCAAGCCUCUCACAAGCUUUGUUGUCCUACACUGGAUUUGUUCCGGCUUAUCAACAUGCUUCUUAGCUAUGAUGUCCAAAACUAGAGACAAUAUUUUAAGUGAUGUCUAACCAAGGCAGUGUAGAGUGGCAUCAAUACCUCAUUAUACUUUUCUAAUGCAGCCUAAGAUCACAUUAGAUUUUUUUACCUCAGCAUCACACUGUUGGCUCAUAUUUAGUUUGUGAGCUACUAAGACCUGCAAUCAUUUUCAUAGGUCAUUCUACAUAGCCAGGUUUCACCCAUAAAUUUACAUAAUUGAUUUUUAUUCCCCAAUUGCAACACUUUACUCUUGUUCCUAUUAAACUUCAUUUCUCAUUUGUCUGGGCCCAAUCCUCCCUCCCAUCAAAGUCCAGCUGCAUUCUAUUUCUAUUGCUAAAGUAUUUACUCCUCCCAGUUUAGUAUCACCUGCAGAUUUGAUGAGCACAUUCUGCAUUCCCUCAUCUAAGUAAUUAAUAAACGUCACUGGGUGCAAAACAGAACCUUCAGGCACCCAAUUUUUUACUUCCUUCUAGAUUGAUCGGGAACCAUGAACUAUCUCCCUUUGGGUAUAAUCUAUCAAUCAGGCCAUAAUUCACCUAAAAGUAAGAGAGUCUACUCCAUAUGGGGUUGGCAGAUACUUCCUGGCAACAGGGGAAUAGGUCUUACCAGGCACAAAUCGAGGCCUCGGCCUUGAUGACAUUGGCAUGUUGAUGCCACUUCUGAUGCUGAAUGGUGCCAGGGGGAGGAGGCCCAAAGCUGACCCCUGCCCCUGAUGGGUCUAGCAACCUUAAGUCUGUAUCUCAGCAAUUUCUCCAAAAGAAUGUAAGGGGCAGCAUCAUGUCAAAAGCUUUACUAAAAUUGAAACAGGCCAUUUCCCCUGAUCUAUCAAACUAGUAACUCAGAAAGAAAUAUACAUCAGAAUGAUCUGACAUUAUUUAUUCCUAAGAAAACUGUGCUGAGAUUCAACAUAGAAACAUGGAUCUAUAAAGGAACUCAAGGUCCACCCCCCCUGCAUAAUGCGGGAAAUUCACAACUACCUCCCCCCACCCUCCCCCAGUGACCCCUGCUCCAUGCCCAGAGGAAGACAAAAAACAUCCAGGAUUCCUGAACAAUCUGUUUUGGAGGAAAAUUCCUUCCUGACCCCAAAGUGGUGGUGGGCUUCCCUGGGCCUGUAAGAAAAGGCCACAACAGCUGAGCACUAACUUAUCUCUUCCUGUCCUCCCUCUCACAUCAUGUCUCUGCAAAUGUCCUCAAACAGACCCCUUACUAAUCUGUUCUAAAAUCUUGCCUGAAAUCAGUAUCAAGCUAACCAGCCAAUAAUUUCUUGGAUCAUCUUUUUGUCUUUUUUUUUAAAAAAAUAGACCUGUUAGCUUUUUUCCAGUUCUAAAGUACCUUGCCCACCCUCCAAGUCUUUUCAGAAAUGAGAGGUUCUGAGAUGACAUCCACCAACCCCCUAGGACAGGGGUGGCCAAAUGGCGGCUCUUGAGCUACAUGUGGCUCUUCAGCACAUAAUGUGCAGGGAGGCUGUGUUUUGACCAUCUAUUUAGAGUCUUAGCCAAAGAAGUAUCAUUAGCAAUGUCUGUUUUUAUCCCUUUUGUUUUUUUAUGUUUGGCAGCCUCAUUUUAAUGUUAAUACAAUUGAUAAAAUUACAUAAAUUAAUAAUUAUUAUUUGUGUAUUUCUUAAUCUUUAUAUAAAAGGUUUGCAACAAAAUCUGCAUGUAACAAUAAAAAUGUGUGUGUGAUAUUUGUUCAUGUCUUGUGACUCAAAUAUUUGAAGUAUAUGCUAUGUGGCUCUUAUGUUAAGCAAGUUUGGCUACCUCUGCCUUAGGAGGUGUCUUAUCUCUUUGUUCAGAGACUGUUGUUCUCCAAUUUGCUACUAUCCCCUGUGGGUAGAAAGAGAGGCAAUUUUUUUUGAACGGGCUGUGGGGAAAGGAUUAAGCACCACCUAACCCCAUGGUGGCGAACCUUUGGCACUCCAGAUGUUAUGGACUACAAUUCCCAUCAGCCCCUGCCAGCAUGCCCAAUUGGUCCUUGCAACCACUUGUAUCAAAUUCAGAGUUCCCUGCCCUGCUGCUGUACUUUAGUUAGGGAAAGAAAAAAAGUAAGGAGCUGGCGCACCACCUGUAUCUUAUCUAGGUUGACCCAAAUUGAGUACUUCUGGCUUUCUUAAGGAGAAGGAGUGAAUUUCUAGCACCAGAUCAAUGAUCCCCUCUAACCUCCUAAAUUAUCUUUGGAAAGUGACUGAGCUUACCCUAGUGGCUAAGAGAGAAGGCCUUUUUGGAGUGUGUCCAGUGGUAGGUAGUCAGAAAAUGUUACUUUCCUCAAAGGCAAAUAUCUGGAAGAAGUUGAGGAGGAAUGUAAUGUGAAAUAUUAUACAUUUAGUUUAAAGGGUUCAGCUGCUUCUCAUGGCUCAGCUGCUUCUCUUCAAAUGUUAAUUUUGGCAAGGAAAGAUAAGUGGGGAACUGGAAUUGUCUUCCAACUGAUCAAUAUAAGAUGAUACAUGUACUGCCCCAAAGGGCCUGAGUUAUUUAGAUAUAGCAAAUAUGUAUGUAUUAGCAGUUAAGGAAAGAAAAACUAUCCCUUUAAGAUAUAGAAUGAAGGUGUACUAAACGAGAAAUGUGUUUUCUACUAGGAAUGAGGAGAUGAGUCAUAAGAGAGGAUGCUUGUGAUAAGACUGCUGGAUGGCUAGGCAGAAGGGCAAGGUUUGUAUCAGGUUGUACGUACUGAGCAUGCUUAAUAGGCUAAAGCAUAUUAACUUCUCCUCCUGCUCUGAUGACAAACUGUAUUAUAAUGAUUGUACAAGAAGAAUAUGGGAGGGUGCCACAUAUUAAGGAAUAACAUGUAAAUAGGCAGACCAGAAAGUUGUGACUAAGUACUCGUAACCAAUGGGGGAACAAAGAGGAUGUAGCAAAUUUGGGAGAAGGGAAUAAACAUGCUGUGGAUAUACUGUUUUAGUGGAGUCUGCCCAUGUGGGGACGGCUCCCCUUUCUUUGCAAAUAAAGCUACUUAAAACUCU